GUUUUACACUUUUUACCAUUAUUCAGGUGUUAUCUUGCGGAGAUAAUGGUAGGGCAUGAAUAGAUGUUCACUACUGAAUCCCUGAAAUAUGAUACACUUGAAGACUAUAGUAAACCAUUGCACUAGAAAAGGUUACAUUCCACUAAGAAACGGCCGAAAAAAAAGUUGCAAAAACAGUCGAUUUUGAUUUGUGUCAAGUUCUUUCUUGCAUUGUACAUGACAUAUCUUUUUUAUUGCAUAAAUCGAUUCCGCUUAGAAUGGCCUUUAAGAAAAGGUAUGGUUAUGGGGGUCUCUAUGUGCAAAAUGUUGCAUUUAUUUUCGCUCAAAGUUGUCGCUUUUACAUUGAAUUAUAUUGGAAAACUAUUUGGUGUAUUAUGACCUAUAAAAUUACUGAGGGUGUAUACCAUGUACACCGUCAGUUACUACCGGUGUAACGAUUAAAUCUCAACCGACUACAGGGGUAGUAGUAUCGGGUUAAUGGAAAAUAUUCCAUGGGCACGUGACCGCUCUAAGCCAAUCGGAUAAGUUCAUUAUUGUAGGAGAGAUGUCGAGAAAGGAACAAAGACGUCGCGUUGGUAUACUGGGAACCGGGGACUUCUCUAGGGCGCUAGCAAAACGACUCUUAUUUUCCGGAUAUGACGUCAUAUUGGGAAGCAGGAAACCGGAAAAGAAAGCGAUGUCCGCUAUUGACCAAUGUUUGUGCAAUGUUCAAUUUCUAUCCGUCGAAGAGUGCAUCAAAAGCGCAUCAAUCAUUUUCCUGGCAGUCCAUUUCGAUAAUGUCAAGGAGCUUCUGACAGAACACGUCGUGAAACUCGAAGGAAAGAUUCUAAUCGACGUCUCCAAUAGAGACAGGCCAAGCAGCGUUACGUCGAACGCGGAGCUCGUCCAGAAAAUGGUUCCCAGAUGCAAGGUUGUCAAGGCGUUCAACGUCAUUUCCGCUUAUGCGAUGGAGAACGACUACAACUCGAGCAGUAAACAGAUCUUUAUUUCUAGCAACAGCGAGGAGGCGCGAGAUAAGGUGGCCAAUAUUGCCAAGGACAUGAACUUCCGACCUGUGGAUUUUGGAGGACUGUUUGCUGCUCGGAGAAUCGAGAAACACCCACUGAGACUUUUUCCGGAGUGGAGAGGCCCACUUGGCUUUGCAGUUGGCGUGUUCAACGUUUGGCUACUUUUUCUCAUAUAUAUCUACUAUAUUGCAGACUCCUUGUACAAAUGGGAGCAGCUGUUCGUCAAAGUGCUCAACAAAGCAUUUUGCUUGACAGGCAUAACGACGUUGUCAGUAACAUACUUGGCCAGCAGUUUUGCGACCGUUUUCCAAAUUUACUACGGUACAAAGCAUAUACGUUUCUCGCGGUGGCUAGAUAAAUGGCUGAAGAAUCGGAAGCAACUAGGUCUCAUAUCUUUCGCGCUGAUAUCAAUUCACGUGAUCAUGUCAGUGCUCACCAUGUCUCCAACGUACUUUAGCUCCUGGUACCCCAGCACUGCAAUCACCGUUCCUGCAAAUCUCACUGCGCCAUUUCAGUUAAAACAGGGCAUGUGGAUGAACUGGAAAGGAGAGGCGGCUUGCUUGGUUGGUAUCAUAGCCUACGUUGUACUUUGUUGUAUCUGUGCCACUACGUUUCCGUCCGUCACGGACACGUUAAACUGGCGAGAGUGGAGGUUCGUGCAGUCUAAGAUGGGACAUGCUGCUUUAUUGCUUUCUGUCGGACAUGUUCUGGUUAUGGGGCUACCCGAAUGGCUGUCGAAGCCCCAAAUCAUUUUCAAAUCUAUCACAUUCAUGUGUUCAAUUUUACCAUGGAUAACAUUAUUACUGAAGCUUUUAUUUUCUCUUCCUUGUGUUGACCGGUACGUGAUGAAGUUACGCAAAGGUUGGGAGAGACACGAGGACAAAUGCAAAGCGGACUGUGUUCGACCCGUAAAACACGAGGGUUAUGUUGCUAUUGACAUGAACGCGGGAAAGCGGAUGUCGUGCCAGGAUGCGUGCGCAUGCCCUGAUGACAAGAUACCGAUGAUGAACAUUGGGGGCUCGGAUUGUGCUUGUGCUAGUGAUGACCUUGUAUUGAACGUUCCCUAGGUUUUAAUUGGAAUGUUCUAGAAAAGGGACAACAAUGUAAUAAAAUCAAAUGCCCAUUUAAAUAAGGUUUUAAAAGAUGAAAACCAAACGGUGCUUAAUGUAUAUAUGUAUAUAUAUCAACUAUAUAAUAGUUGGACCACUGUGUGAUAAUGACCGUGUGAAAUUAACAUUUGUAUUGUUAAAAGAAGAUAUUCUUCCGGAAAAAAUGUAAACAAUUAACGAUGUAUAAUGUUACAAUAAUAAUUGUAUAAAACAACCUUUUUAACAAAUUAAAACGAUCGUAUAUGGUGCGUUGUUUUAUUUGCGUACACUUUCUUUGCUUU